AGGACAGAUUGCAGGAAACACAGUGCCGCAUAUUGUGAUGUUAUGAUAGAUAGGUUUUUACUCUGUUUAUCUUUUUUUAAAGGCAUUUCGCGGUGCUUGUAAACUGAGCGACGUCGGUACAGGUGGUUAUAAACCACGCCGAGACGAUGUGACAGCACAGUAGCGACAGACAGCAGUUGUUAGCUAUCGUUAGCAAGGUGUCAGAUGCUACCAGAGUUAGCUAACGGAUGGUAUGCGAUUACCGGCAGCUAGUAGAAAAAGUUGUUUUGGAGACGCUUUUUUGGGAGAGUAGCGAAAGUCUGAUCAGCUGUUGAACGUUAAUAUUAAUAUAUAAGUGUAACUGAGCAGGACACCCAGCCGGUGAAGUCCGAUGUGUAUAUAUCCGUUAGCAACCUUGCAUGGUUGAAAUUCAAGCUAGCAAGAGAACGUUAGCUUAGCCGCUACAUAAACGACAACAUCUACCAAACUGGACAAAACUUUGGAUUUAGUCGGAUUUAAAUCGGGCUCGGCAGGUUCGCUGACCCCUCAGAAGAAGAUGAAGAAGAGGAAGGAGUUGAACGCCCUGAUCGGACUCGGGGACAGCAAGAGGAAGAAGACUAAAAAGGGCUCUGGUCACCGACUUCUCCGAACCGAGCCGCCGGACUCGGAGUCCGACUCGAGCUCGGACGGAGACGAGUUCAACAGCCUGAGCAGCGGAGCUAACUUUGGGAAAAGAAGCUACACACAGUGCUGCAAUGUGUGCUACCCCCUGUUUCUGUUCAUCAUACUAGCUGCCUGCGUCAUGGCCUGUGCUGGACUCAUAUGGAUGCAGAUUGCUCUGAAAGAAGAUCUAGAUGCACUGAAAGAAAAGCUGCACAGCAUGGAAUCCAGCCAGAAGGCAUCAUCAAGUGAAAUACCAAAACUAAAUGAGGACCUGAAAAAUAAGGAGAGAAAGCUUGAAGACCUUGAAAAUGGGGACAAGGGGUUGAGCAAGCUUUGGUCUAACCUCACAGAAAUUAAUCAUAAGAUCAGUCUGUUGGACUCUGCUGUAAACCAUUUAAAGGCUAACUUGAAAUCAGCUGCUGAUUUAAUUAGCCUUCCCACCACAGUUGAAGAGCUCCAAAAGAGUGUUGCAACAAUUGGCAGCACACUAACAAGUGUACAGCACGAUGUAAAGACUAUGCAGGCUGCUCUCGAAAAUCAGAAGAAAGACGACGACUUAAAGAAGACAAUGGACUUAACGGACCUGAGAAAAGCUGUGAGUGAAGCUAACAAAACGGAGGAGCUGCACGAAAGGCAGGCUGAAGAGCAGAUCCACAUCCUCCUCUCUACGGUUGCAGAUCUUCAGCAGAGAGUGUUGUCAUUGGAGAACGGGUCAAAGCAAAGUUCAAAAGAAAACGACGAAGCAGCUCAACUGCCGAUCACUGAUGAAAGUCCAGCAAUCGAGGUGGUGAAUGAAGCUGCAACAACCAAAGCAACACCUGAGGAUAUGCAAGGGACAGAGCCUCAGACAAGCAGACGUCCACGUUUCUCAACUCUAAAUCGCUCUAAGAGGAAUGCUGCAACAAGAUGUCCAAAGAGUGUGAUCCUGCCAGGCGUCAGUUCUCAAAAAGAUUUGGAAGACAUCCUCCAGCAGGCAGGCGUUGGACCGGAUUCUCGCGGACUGACCCAUCACGGCCUGAGUAAAGUAUUUGGAAGAUCCACGCCCAGAGCUCGUACCAUGGAGUGUUUCGAUGGUGACAGGGACCGGAGGUACUCCCUGCUGGAGCUGAGAGCUGCUGUAGGCUUAUGAGCACAUUAUCACUGACAGCAGUGAACAGUAUUGGAAAACCCAGCGGGGUCUGGGGGUUCGGAGAUCCCGACCCUUUUCUGUAAUUGCUGCACUUUUGUGAACUGAAUAUUUAUCAUACUGAUUGUGGAACAAUGGCGCUGGCAUGCCCCCUACUCACCUCCCCUCCCCAUUCCAACACAACUUCUUCACAGAAUAUGAGCUUAAAUUUUAAAGUUAAUCCAUCUUGAGUAUGCAAAAUAUUUAGCUGUUAUUUUAGCAAAAUCCAUGGUAAGUCCGAAAUAAACUGUGGAAAUAAUUGUACAUCAUUUUGACCCCCAUUUUCCACCCUUAGUUAUCAAACCCACUGUUUCCUGCACCUAUGUAUUUGUUUAUUUUGGUCAUUCAUUCUGUCUCCUUUUGAUGUCAUUUUUUUGUGUAUCAAGCUUCUCUGGAGGCUGUAAUUGUCAUUGCAGAUGUCUUCACCCAUCAACACGAGCACCUGGUACACCUCACCUGAACCUUAUUUAUAAUACCUGAGAUAGAAUUUUAUGAAUGUUUACAAAUGACUACUAGAAACAGUCUUUUGAGUCUUUUGUUUGGUUUUUAGACAGAUUCCUAACUUUACUGAAACACAGUUGGGCAUAGAGUGUGAGGACUUGUUUUCGCUCUUUUCUCAGUUAAACAAAGUUUCAGAUUUAUUUCUGUUUAGUUUUUUUCUUCCCCUCAUUUAUCUUCAGCUGUACAUUUCUGUAUUUUUGCUUGUUAUUUUUUGCAGUUUUCAGUUCUACAAGUUUCGAAGGGCUAUGAACACUUUGAAUCAUUCAGAAAGUUUUGAAGUGGUAACUCGUGAGGCAUAUGUAGCAAUAACAAAAUGACAUAGAUAUUGCUUGUUUAAAGUUGCAGUAGACAGACAGGUGGCACACCUUGCUCACAAUGUGUAACAGGUAGUAUAAGAAGCACUGACAUCACUCUUUACUUGAUUCAUUUUAUUCCAUUUUUAUGGGCCUAAUAAUGAUGUAUUUACAUAACUUGUAUUCUGUAAAAAUGGUUUAAAUGUACUCAAUAAAUUAUCUUGUGAAAGGGGGUCAGGUUGGUAAAAUUUACUUUACAGUCUUAAUCUCAACAUUGUGCUUUUUUAAAAAUAAUUCUGUUGUGUUUUGCAUGUUGCUUUUAAUGUAACAUGAACCAAUUAUUUAUAAACUUAACAUAGUUGACUCCUUGUUUUUUGCAGGACAAUGGUUAGUUGAGCUCAACAUGUAACAGCUUUGGCCAUCAUGAUGUAAGAUUUUUUGGAUCCAUGCUGCUACUGUACAUGGGGGAGAUUUUAUGAAUGUUUUUUUGUGCGAGCACCAAUGAAUAAACACACAGUUAAAGGUU